AUGGCCAGCAUAAAGCAGCAAGCUGCGCCGCACUCAAGGCGGCAUGCGACCCACUCAAGGAUUUGCAUCAAAAAGAUGGCCCAGCCAGGUCUAUUUAUGGGCCAAGAAAGCAAGCUCCCGCUCAACGCCGAACACAAGGGGCUCGACACACCAAGCGAAGACGAUGACGAAUCCCAAAAGCAGAGCACCAGGAAACAAAAGAAUUUCCCACAAGAAGUAAAAAGAGUAAACUUACUUCACAUUACAAAACGUGCGGCACCCAUAAAGGUACGCGCCAUACGGCCUAUCCCAAAGGAGUCUCGCCACUGGUUGUCAAAACCAAUCAUCUUCGAUCAUCUGGACUAUUCUAGAAGUAUCAGGAACGCAGGCUGGACUGCCUUGGUACUCGAUCCAAUAAUUGACGGACUCCAGUUUAGAAAUGUCUUGAUGGACGGAGGCAGUGGACUAAACCUGAUAUAUCAGGACACAAUCCGCCCCAUGGGGAUAGACCCAACAAGAAUUUGCCACAGCAAAACCUCCUUUCAAGGGGUAACGCCAGGUCCGGACACCCAUUGCAUGGGUUUUCUCCGGCUCGAAGUUAUAUUCGGCUCUACCGAUAACUUACGCCGUGAAAAGCUGACUUUCCACAUCGUCCCAUUCUCAAGUUGCUAUCAAGCACUGCUGGGACGCGAAGCUUUCGCCCGCUUUAACGCAAUACCGCAUUAUGCAUCUCUUACGCUUAAGAUGCCCGGUCCACGAGGCAUCAUCUCUUUAAAGGGGAAGUCAUUAAGACCACGGACACGGAUAGACGAGUCCGGCACAAAAAUAUCAUUGAUAAAGGCUUAA